CUGCGCAUGCGCACUGACCCGCACACAGCCAAGGUGGGUUAGUUACUACAGUUAGCCUGUCCGCUAAAGCAGGAGUCAGACAGGUUUUCUAUAAUACAGAUAAAUAAAGUUAAAUUAGUUUAAUAUGUCGGCGAUUUUAUAUCGCAGCGCGGCCCAGUUACUAUCAUCACCAGCUUUACCGGCGGGCUGCAGGUCUGCUGUUAGUAACGUUACCUCUGUUAGACACAGCCACUGGUUUACCUCUGUGCUCUCGCUGAAGACUACAGUGCCCCUAAGAGCAGAGCCGAGGAAGAAGAAGAAAGUUGACCCUCGCCGUGAUCUUAUAGUAAAAGAGAGACUGAAGAAAAAGCUGAAGAAACUUGAGAAAGUCCCUCCUGAACUCAUUCCUAUUGAAGACUUCAUAAUUCCAGCCAAGUGCUUUGAUCAGACCAGAGUGCGUGGUACUCCCAGGCUGUCUUUUGAAGAGAGCGAGAGAAGGGCUCUGCUGCUGAAGGAAUGGUCUCGGUUUAAAUACUCGCAGCACCAGGCCGAGACGGCGGACAUCAACGAGGCUCUGAAGGCUCAAACACAAGCUUUAGAGGAGCUGAAACUGGAAUCAGAGGAGCUCUACAACGCAGCAGUUAGUCCUGACCUGAGCCUCUUCCCCUUCCAGCACCAGGGUCCCAGCUUUACUCCACCUCUUACAAACUACGAGGCUCCUGACGGCAAAUACAGUGACAUUACACGAGUGUACACUCAGUGAUCAGCUGACAUCACGAAUUCAGAAACGUGUUACAGAACUGUUCCUCCAGUUCCCUGUUCUCACAGGGCAUCUCCUGCUCUGAAAUGGUUGGAUCUGUGUUCAAAGACGAUUUUGACGUGAACUUUAGUACUGAAAGUACUGAACUCAUCUACUUCCCUUCUGUAGAGAAGAGACUAUGUGAACUUGGAUUCUUAUGUGAAUGAAAUACAGUCUGUGCUCAGUCAAAAUAAAAAAUUUACCGGCACUAUCA